CGUCACACUCUAUUAUACCUCCACACUCUAUUAUACCUCUACACUCUAUAAUACUUCCACACUCUCCGCCACUCUUCCAACCAUCCUUCACACCAUCGACGAGUCCUUCCUACACUCAUCCCUAGUAAACAACAAUGUCCGGCUUCUAUUCAGAUUGGCGUCGUCGCGACGGCUGGUGCGGAAACAACCCGAGAUACGGUAUACUGACAGACGGGUACGGGAAGAGAAUCGAGCAUCAUCGCCAGCGUACACGUGGGUACCGGGGAAACUACGGACCUGAAGCUCAAUCCUGGCGGUAUGGUCGCUCGUCAGGCUAUAUCAAUCGUCGUGAUGAUAAUUACGGUCGCCGCGGCCGCAGUGGUACGCCAGGCUAUUACAAUCGUGGUUACGCACGUUCCAAUCUCAGUCGCUCGUCAAGCUAUAACGUUCCCGAGAAUUGGCGACGAAGCUGUAGCCCUGACGAGACGCCCCCUCCACAACAGCCGCACAUCGUGCGUACCCGGGAUUCCUUGCCGGUGGAAAUCCUUCAGAAUAACUUUGAGUGCGCCGGAAACUUCUCCGAUGCGUUUGCACUCACCACUUCCAAUUCGUUUUUUUACAAAGUUUACAAGGUCGACGAAGCCGGUAUCGCCUUGGAGGUCCUAAAAUCGGAUCCCAUUCUGCGAAGCGAAUUUCACGAACACUAUAGGACUGCCGUCCGUGUGUUCCUUUUCUGUCAAAUGGAUGCCGGAGAAGCCAAUGACGAAGACAAGGUCGGCGAAGCCCAGGCCGACUACGACAUUUUCGACGAGAUUAUAGCCGAGAAGUUACUACGGGCUGGCGGCUGUCAAAGCCAUCAUCAAAAUGGCUAGGAUCGUCAACACUGAGGAUGCCCUCUACGAGGGCCUGUUCGGCCAAAGUGAGGAAUUUAUCAGCGAUUAUGAAUUUUACGCCAGCGGCCUCCUGCGAGGCGACGUUUGGGACUUUUGGAAAAAUAAGAGGAGGCGGUAUUGAAACAGGCUACGGCCCAGGUACGGGGGAUGGAUGGAAGUCUCGGCAGGGGGACAGUUAAGUGUCGGUGAUGGGUG